UGGAAGUGCAUCACAGAUUAACACACAAUCGUCAAUGUUUGCAUCUAACCAGUUCGGUCCAUCAAACAUAGCUUUCAGUCCUAAUUUUAUGAUGAAUCCUGCAUUUGUUCCUACUCACUCACCCUUUGGGUAUGGAUUUGCUUUUCAUGAUCUUUCAAACUCUUCUAAUAUUCCAUUGGAGAGUGAUGUUACUAAAACGACCAAAGCAGCAAAAAAAAGUAACAAGGUCAUAGAAAAUACUAGUAUCUCUCCCACGGGAGGAGGGAGUAAAAACUGGAGCAAAGACGAAGAUGUAGCACUAACGAAGGCAUGGCUAUAUAUUUCCGUUGAUGCUGAUGUCGGGAACAAUCAAAUGAUUGCUAAUAUGUGGAAUCCCAUCUUCCAAGUUUGGAGGGAGAAUAUGGGUACUUAUGAUGAGUCUCGCACAACAAAUGGCUUACAAGCUCGUUGGGGUAAGAUCGUAGCUGCAGUGAAUAAAUUUCAUGCUUUAUAUGAACGACUACAAAGACAUCCAAAAAGUGGAGCAAGCCAUGACGAUAUGAGGCGAGAGGCAAUGCACAUGUAUGAAGAUAUUAAUAAUGGUCAGUCUUUCAAGUAUGAGUAUUGUUGAGAGAUCUUGAAAACAAAUUCAAAAUGGUGCGUAAAGGAGGUCACUAGGAGCAAAGAUAACUCUAAGCAAAAAGCUGCCAAUGGAAGUGGUGAUACCCGAGUAACAACCCAACCAGGGAGUUCAGGAAAUGAAGGUGAAAAGUGUACCAAUGUAGAUGUUAAUGAUGAUGGUAAAUGCAAUGAUAUUGAACGCCCUGAAGGAAGAAAGGCUACUAAAGAAAAAAAGAGGAGGUUGAAUGAUGAAAAAUUAGUAGUUGAUGCUUUCAAUAAGUUACAAACUACAAUGGAAAAACAGAUUUGUAUUAGUCAAGAAGAGCUCAAAAUGAAGGGGGAAAAGGACUUAAAAGACUUUGAGUUACGAGAAAAGAUAAUGGAAAGAGAGUUGAAGCUAAAAGAAUAUGCUCAAAGAUCGAAGGAGAAGGAUCAACAGUUAAAAGAGGUUGCUCAAAAGUUUAGGGAGAACGCUCAAAAGAGACAAGAACAAGAGCGUAUUUUGAAUCAAGAUGUCACCAAACUUCCCGUAAGCAUUAGAGAGACAUUUGAGAUGUAUCAAGCUCAAAUUUUAAAGGAAUGAGAAAAGGAUGGUCUUUUUGGUGGGAAUUACAGUUAAAGAAGCUCAAAACUUGAGGAAGCUAAAUAGUAAUACUUGCUGGAACACUAGAAACAUUAUGUGUGAAGACUAGUUAUUUAUUUUUUAUGAAUUUGUUUUUGCUUUGGUAGUUUGGAACAAUUGUUUUUAUUGUUUGGAUAAACUUUAGGUCUGUGGAGUAAUAGACAUGAGAUAGUAGACUUUUUCUAGUUUAUAUUGAUUGUGUCCACUUAUUCUUUCAUUAUGUUUUAUUCUUAGUAUUCCACCUAAAUGGGGAUAAAAUGAGCUGCUGCAACUUUAGUAUGCAAUGUUUAUAGCGGGUUAGAGCAU